UUGUGAGUUUAAAGAAAACCAGCAUACACGGGGGUCCCUCAGCACAGAGUUUGAGAACCAUGUACUGCAUAGCUAUGCAGAAACAAGUCUCCGAGCACAUCAGAUCCCACAGCAAUAGCCUACCACACUGAAUGGCAUGACAUAGACUGACAAAUAACAAGUUAUACAGGUUCUCGGGCGGCCAAGGAGUUUAGCAUUUAAGUGCAAAAAAGAGAAGGAAAGGUGUAAUUGCUGUAACUCCGCCCGAAUUCAGCUGCAAAGGGGGUUGGAAUCCACUGUCAACUCAUCGAGAGCGGAGCGCUCAAACCAGAGCUGCCGUGUAGAGUAGACUACUUUUACACCAUCGCUGCGCUCUUGCUGCCCUGGUUUCAGCAACGGAUUAUUAUUAUUAUUUUAACCUGUAGUACAUUUCUGAUUAGGACCGGACCGCUGGUCUCCGGACACCUCAUCACCUGAUGUGCCGACCACGGCUUCAGCUGUACGCGCUCCUGGCGGGACUCGUAGCAUCAGGAGUGCUGCAGGUUGGAGGGAUCAAGAUCUACACGUCGGGCGAGGUGGAGGCGGUGAACGGAACCAACAUCCGGCUGAAAUGCACCUUCAGCUCCAGCGCCACCAUCCGGGCUUCCUCCGUGUAUGUGGCCUGGAACUUCCGUCCCCUGAACCCCGGGCGUGAGGAGUCGGUGUUUUUCUAUCAAGACAGGCCCUACCCUCCCGUAGACGGGCGUUUCCGAAAGAAGGUGACCUGGUCGGGGGACAUCAUGGGUGGGGACGCCUCCAUCUUGUUGCACGAGGUGAAGUUCACCUACAACGGCACGUACAGCUGCCAGGUGAAGAACCCGCCCGACGUCCACGGCUCCGCCGGCGAGGUCAAGCUGAGCGUCGUCGCUACAGCCUCGUACUCGGAGAUCGCCAUCCUGGCGGGCGCCGUGGCGGGGGCCAUCGGGGUGAUGCUGCUGGUGCUUGGCUGCGUGUUCUGCAUGAAGCGCUGCCGGCGGGGCCCGCACCAGAGCCGGGGCCCGUGGGACCGGGACCGGGAGUCCUGCGAGGGAGAGGAGAGAGGAAAGAGGAAAGACCCCACUCUGUGCACUCCUGCGGAAGCUGUGCACCUGUACAUGCAGUGUGACCUGGUGAUAGAGAUUGACAGCUCUGACGGGGAGAUGUCAGAGGAAAGCUCGGAUGACCCCAGUGCCUCAGAGGAGGAGGAAGACGACAGCUCGGAUGGUGAAGAUGACGAUGACGAUGACGACUGACCCCAGAACUCCGCCAUCGGGAGGGAGGAACGUCGUCCUGGCAGCUGCAGAGGGGAGAGGCAGGAGAGGGGACCUACUCCAAGUCUUUGGCUGAGGGCCCUUUCGGUGAUGGGCAAAAUCUGUGGGCAGGCUCUGAACUUAAAAAAAAAAAAAAACGUAUUGGUGUGAAAGCUGUUGACAUGCAAACGUCGGCGUGCAAAAACCACUGAUAAUGAUACGAGGGUCUGUUUUUUCUACUUGUUCUUCUCCGGUUUCUUUAGCGCUGCCCUACUGCCUCGCCCAAAAUGCUGCAAGUUGUGGCUCACCCAACGUGAGAAAUACUGACUCCUACAUAACAGGAGGGGCACUGCAAUUAAUAUUCUGCAUCAGUGGCCCGUGCGACUAGCCCUAACAAGCCUACCGUAGGGCCUGGAGCCACGUUGAGGAUAUAAACACGCACUCUGGUGUCAUAUUUAAGGGAGUGAAAUACUGCACUGUGUAUAGACUCAAAUGAGCCAUUCAAUGAGCCAGUCAUCAACAAGAAUCCUCCCACUCCUCCUUCACCCAUAAGUCAGACGGGUAGAAUCUUCCAGAAGAGCUGGCCGGCCCCCUAAAAGAAGAAUGUUGUUUUUGUGUGGGGGGGAAAACCUGCUCAGAUGAGAGAAGUAAAAGUGUGAAAGUCAGGCACCGGCCUUGGAUGCGGUUGAGCACGCAGUUCGUGUUUGAGACGCAGUACAGUAAGCUUGUUGGUUGGAGUUACUCAAAGGAGUCUGCCGUUUGGAGUGUAAGGAUAUUUCUAGCCACUGCCUGGCUUGUACAAAGGCCACCCUUGGGCGAGUCACCUGGGGCUUGCCCAAGGCCUUGACCGCUCAAGUCUCAAGUGUACUGGAGUGAAUUUCUGUGCAGGAACUGAACCUACAUGUUACUUUUAUACAUUUAUAAGUGAUAAAUCACUUCUGUUUACAGUCAAGGAAAAACACCUCAGAUGGAGAUGGAGCAGAAGCUGCUUCAAGUAGGUGACAAAACAAAAGGACAGUUACACUAAGAACCAGACAAUCUGCAGUGACAAGGGCGGACUUGAUUUGCAACGUUUUCAGCCAAGUGAGGCUUAAAACCAAGAUACCUCUGCCCUUAAGAAUAGUGUUAUUUAAAUAGUCAUCAAGAUUUAAGAGUCGACGACACUGCCAGACAUGCCAGACCUACAACAAAUCCAAUCACUGCUAGUCACCAAAAUGGAUGCCCUCCAGAAGCCCUUCUACUGAAGGCGGAUGUGGUGGGGGGGGGAAUGUUGCUGCCAUUCUUACUGUAAAUGAGGAACUGCGGGAGAACUGCGUCAGUAUUGUGGAAGUGCUGCCACUUUGGCACCGGAAUGCUUGUGCGUUAACCAUUAGAGCCACACCUUGCAUGAUUACUGGCAGACGACGCCUACGCGGUGAACAAUGCCGCGGCUAUGCGGAGGCUGUGCAGAAUGUGCGCUUUCCUAAAUGACGGAGAACGUAAGGCGAGAUCGGCUCCACGGGGGUUCCAUUUCUCCCCACAACCCGUGCACUGGAAACCACGCGGGGUCCAGUUCGUACUGCGUUCACUGCGAUCAUGGACUGGGUAGCACGUUUUCACAGCGCCGCAUUGGCAUCAUGCUGCGGGGUCUGCUGCGAGAUGCGCAGCGAUGACCGCCGUUCUAUUCAAGGUCGCUUUGCCUUGUGCUGAAUUGUUCAAAAAGAGUGGCAGUCAGAUCUGAAAACCCUGAAAUGAAACGAUGUCUUUUAUUCUUGCGGUGCAACUAGAGGCACCCCAGGAACAUUAUACUAUUAUUAUAAUGACAUUUUAAAUGUUAAGAUUGUACAAUGAAGAUACUUUUAUUUUGUAAGAUUUAAAUUUGUAUUUUUUGUUGCUCAUUUCAUUUGUCUAUUGCAGUGUUUAACACUCGCGAUGAAUUCAAAGAAAAUGCUUUUAUAAUUAAAAGAAAACCGAUUGCUUUCCA